UCGAGCUAGUAAGGAUGAAUCGGAAAAAUGGUUCCCGUUUGAGUUGUGCGGGUGUGGGUGGUAGCAAUAAAAAAGUGAAAGUGACCUGCUUUCGUCAUGAUAUUACUAUCUCCUGGAUGGUAGUGCUCGAUAAUCGAUCCUGAACGGGGGUUCCGAAGGAACGAACUGGUUUAAUCAUUCGGUAUCUGAAAUUGGACACUACCAGUAUAUAAAAUAACCGUAUAAAAUGAACACAUCAAAAUGGCUACCGAAACAGCACCUUGAGGUGGUCAAACUAUUCGAUCAAACUCGAAUCGUGGAGCGUGAAUUUCGCGUGCUGGGGAAAAAAUUUGCUACGGAUAUCAACCUGGAUCUGCCGGAUUACUAUGAAUUCGAACGGUUGCUACAACAAAGCCGCCAGGGGUUCGAACUGUCGGCUCACAUUCAGUUUCGGUUGAUUCGGAUGACCGCUUCGUCGGCGGAUAAAAACGUCGAACGGAGUUUCUUCAAAAUUCUGCUCGAUCGAAAAGCGCACCUGAUUCGGCAGAAUCUUCGGAAGCGCCACUUUCAGUUAACCUUCAUCGUCAACAAGAUGGUGAAGCUGAUGCUUGGGCUGACGUACAGUUCGGAGGCGGUGAUCGACGGUGCGAUGCUCCUGUCGACGCUGCACAACGAAAGUGUUGCACUGGCCCUCAAAACGACCAAAGCCCGAACCCAAGCCGGAGCGCAGAUUUGUAGCAACUCGUUUCCGGCUGUGAUGAUCGCACCGAAAAAGAUUGACAUUGGCACGAUUCUGCAGAUUGUUACCAAACAACGUUCGGAACAGUGUUGUGCUACGCUAAUUAACUGCCUGCUUGUGUCCUGUAAGGGAGCAACAACAACCACUCUCGAGGAUGAGGAAUCUGAUACGUCGAGUGUGGAGAUUCUACGAACCCUAACGGCGAACUUCAACGAGGGCAUUGCAAAAACCCACGAUCUUUUCCAGGAAGAUUUGAAUACCCGGCGGAAAAACAGCGUUAAUCUUAUCGCCAGUGGAGAAAUGCACGUUUCGGGGCCUACCAAGCCGGUUAAGAUAACUCCGAUUACUAAACCGGAGUCUAGAGCACUGGAUGAAUCUGAACAUAACGAUCCUGCCAUUAACUUUUUCGACGAAAUGGCUGCCGAAGCCGUUGCGUACAAUACGAUCAACUAUCUGGUGAAUGAACCAGAAGGAAUCGACUUACUGGAGAAUUUGAUAACCGACGAGGAGAUCUUCAUUGCGAACAUGUUGAUGAAGGUGAUCAAACUUUGUCCUUCCGCUUUCGACAAGGAAUUGAACAAAUCAGAGCUGAUCAAGUGGGUAAAUCGAGGUACGCGCGGUCUAUGGACGCAGGUUGGUGGAGCCCUCGAGCACGUAGUGCUCUGGUGGAGCAAUUCGCCACUCGCCUGUAGGCCAGCUACCUGUGCCAAAUACCUACGUGAUUGGCUACUUUUGGUAACACCGGACGAAGCUCCCGAGCCGAUACUUUCCAUGCUCAAGGGUUUGGGAGAAACAUUGACGGUACAUGUGACCAGUACGAUCUGGGAUCGGCAGUUUCGUCUUUCGGUCGUUUCUUCUAGCUUACCGGUGGACUAUCCCUUCGAAGAAUCGGAGUUUUACAACUCCAAUAUGCUUGUUGAAGGCACAAUCUGCGGAAAAGUUUGGAGUGAACUGCUGUAUCAACUGGUUCUACUGUCCAAUACAUGUGACAUUGGUACUAUUCCUAACGAACUACCCUUGGUGGAACAGAUUCCAGUUCUACAUCGACUGGAUCACUCGAUCCACUCGAUGCGUAUAUGGGCUUCGAACAAAGCGCGGUCACUUUGUACCGAUUGGAACAUGAUGAUGUUCUUCAAGGUAGUUCACAGUGACAUUGGAAUAUGCUUGGAGCAGCUGCAGUACCUUCGUGUUCCGGAGUUGGUUUCACCAGAUGCCCUGGAAGUGCAGGUUCAAGUUUGCGUCGCACUGCGAGCUAAGUUGGUAUCCGAAAUCAAAGAAAACAUUAGAAAACUGAAGCUAGCCUGCGCCGAAUGUAUCGAUGUGCUAGCGGCCGUUUGUAGAACCACCAGUUUGGCCUCGCUAACCCUCUGCUUUCCACAUUUUCGUCACUGGCAAACCGAAACAGUGCAAACUACUGCCAAUGAAUAUGUAGCAUAUUUCUUUAGUCAGGUGUAUUUACCGGUGAUUGAGGCUACCAAGGAUCUUGAAAUUCUCAAACUUACUCUGAAGAUUAUCUGUGAAGCCUGGUUGGAUCAUAUCUACAUGAAGAAAACCAAGUUCAGCACUAGUGGGGCGUUGAAUCUGCUGAAGGACUUCGAUGGUGUGGCCGACUGGAUUUGGGACUGUAAGGCAUUGGGUGACGAUUUGCGACCAGUGCUUUCGAAGCACGAAGUAUUGCGAAUGUGCGAAGGUGUCGGAAAAUUACUACUACGCAAACCAGACGAGACGAUCUCCAUUCUACCAAGCGGAUCGGAAGUGCGCAGGGGCGAAGAAACCACAGGAGACGAAAAAGCUCCCUUGCCACCGGAAAUGUUUGUACCGAAUCAGAAGCGCUGGUUGGAACUACGAGCACGCGAUAGAAAAACAUUGGCAUACAAUUGCGCCUGCCUUUGUGCCGGAAUGGACGUUUACUAGAUCAUCUGGCAAGAAGAAAUUCCCUACUUUUGUUGUAGUUACAUGUUCAACCUAUAUUCAAUAUCUAUAGCUACCAGUAUAAGAUUGUUGAUAAUUAAGAAAAUGUAUUGAUUGUUCUAUUAGGAGUACAUAUAUGCUUCGGUCGUUUUCCAAAAGAAAUUAAGAACUUAUCGUUAAUAAAACUUCAACUACUUUUUACGAUUAA